AUGAGUGGAAGAAGCGGCGAGGAAAGUGCCAAUUGCAACGGCAACGGCAGUGACAGUGACAGCGAUUUUGGUGAUUUUGGUGAGGCAACCGUAAAGGUGGAAGAACUGGAAGUUCCAGAGGAGUCUCCAGUCACUGCAGAGCCGAAUGCUUCAGGCGCCAGUGGCGGUGCCAGCACCAGCGGGCCAGUGGUCCAAGAAAAUAGUGCCACUGCAGUGGAAGCUAUUUUUGACUGUACAAGAAAGGUCUUGGCUGCGAAGAAGAGAGGCAUUGAAAUACGUGACAAGAAAGUGCUCUUCCAAGACUUGUUGAAAAAUGAAAAGACAAAGAAGAUAUACGAUAGCUUGUUUCCCGACGGACAGCCGCUCCCGCCUUCUCAAUGGCGUAAAGAACCACUACAGAGGCUCAUACGGCAAACCUUGGGCAUGGAGGAACCGCACGAUGAGGAAGAAGAGGAAGAAUAUGUCAUACAGGACUUGCUCUACCUUAAAUUGGAAGAGGACGAGCAUAACACCUUGGAAAGCUUGGGGUACGAGCGGUUGAAGGAGGACAAAGAGAAGGUACCGAGCGUGGAUAUAUCUGAGCUAUUAGCCAUGCAAGAGUUUAGUUCGGUGCCGUUGGAGAAACUAACGGUGGUGCACGACCAAUUGAUAGAUGCCAUUGAGAAGGUACAGAACGAAAUAAACACACUAAAAGCAGAGGAACGGGAGCUGCUGAAAGAUAAAGAAACUUACGAAGAGCUUAUUACCAACCUAGUCGGUCACACGCAACGUAUAAGAAGAGAGGAAAUAGCCGAGUACAAAAAAAAGCAUAAAUCAUUGUUCAAAAGAAAAUAA